AGUGGGGUCUAAAUGCAAUCGAGGAUGGGUGCUGAAUGUGUUUGGUCGGAAGGCAAGAAAGUAUCGGGAUCGGGCACUGGAUCUGUAACGAGAACGGUUCAGGACUCAGGUCAGGAUGGAGACCAUGAUCGAAAGCAGGAACUGGGUUGAGAUCGGGAUCGGGAUUGGAGGCAAGAUCGGUAUCAUGGACAGGAUCAGGGUCAUGAACGGGAUCAGGGACGGGAAUCGGGAGUCAGGAGCGGGAGCGAGGUGUGGAUCAGGGCAGGGAAAGGGAGUUGUGUUGGGAUCGGGAACGGAAUCGGGAUUGGUCACGGGGGCUGGUUCGGGAUUGGGGACGGGAACAGGAGCGAGAUCGAGCGGGAAAGGGAGUUGGAGCGAGAUCGGGACUGGGAACAGGAUCGGGAAGGAGAGCGAGGACAAGGACGGGACUGGGAGACUGAACGGGAUUAGGGUCAAGAACAGGGGCGGGGAUGCGGACAGGAUCGAUAUCGGGAUCGGGAGCAGAAGCAAGAUCAGGAAAGUGAUCGGGAUCAGGAACGGGAGCUGGGGCGAGAUCGGGAUCGGGAAUGGGAUCGGGUGCGUGGUCAGGAUUAGGAAUGGGAAGGGAACUGGAUCGGGAACAAGGUCUGGAAUGGGAACGGGGUCGAGGACGGGAUUUAGAUGUAGGCCGAGAUCGGAUUCGUCCUGAGAUCAGGAGGACAGUUGUCGAGAUAUGAGUUGAUGUGAUACGCUAUCGAGGUGCAGCAAGGAACAAG